CCCCUGGUCCCCUUGGUCAGUCUGCACUGCUACCUGUGGGGUGCAGAACAAAAUGCGGAUUCGUAUGUGCACACACCCGGAGAGUGGAAUGCGUUGUGAGGGACCAUCAGCGGAAUUGAUGGGAUGUGAGGCGCUCAGACCUUGCCCAGUCAACGGGGAGUGGUCGGAGUGGUCACCCUGGUCUCCAUGCACUGCCUCCUGUGCCGGCAUCAAGAGACGAGUUCGUAUCUGUGACAACCCCACUCCAGCCAACGGGGGCCUCCCCUGCAGCGGCUCCCUCGAGCAGGCUAUGCCCUGCGGAAAUGCUGACUGCCCAGUCACUGGGUUUUGGUCGAUCUGGACAGCGUGGAGCCCUUGCCCUGUCAGCUGUGGUUUGGGGAUAAUGAAACGUUCUCGCACCUGCAAUGCUCCAUUUUCAAGAAAAGUGCAACUCAUUGUGUGGGGCAUAAUCAAGAAGAAAGAUCAUGUGGCUUUCCGGUGA